AACAAUUGGCCGCGGGAAACGUCACUCAACCGACAAAUCCAAAUCCUCUCAAGUCCUGACUGCCUCCUCUGCUCUUCGCGAUGCGCGGUCCCGUCUCCACAAUCCCUCCCACGCACCCUCCUGCUCUUUACUCUUACGUAUCGUAGGAGGACGGACAGUAGAAGCCGUAUUCUGUUCCUGUUUUGAGGUCGCAGUGACCGAUACCUCUGCCCCCGACUGUGUGUCUAGCGCGCCAUCCCUCCGGACUGUUUCUUAAUGCUCGUGCCGCAGCACAGAUGGGAGAAGUAAGUGCAGCAGCUGCUGUCUGGCACCUGAACGCGCGAGGCAGGUCUCUCUGGCGGGCCAUCCCAAGCACGGGAUGCUGAACGGGAGCCGUGAGGGUUUGUUUGAACUGGGCAGGCAGCUCCAGCAGGAGGGAGACUCCCAAGCUGCUCUGCACUGCUUUUUGAGCUGCCUGCUGGGACUCACGCACAUGCAGAGCUUCCAAUCGCUUCCCAACUGCCUGCAUCAGAUUGCUGAACUCUACAUUGACGUCAAGAAUUAUGGGAAAGCUCUGCAGUUCAUUCAGGCGGAGAAGAUGUUCUACGAAGUGGCAUUGAUCGAGCUCACCUCGCUGCAGUCUAGCACAGGCAAGUCCACUUUUUAUGGAUUUACUUAAAUGCUUAUUUUAUGGCACUGUUGAGUGGACAUGUGACUCUUUGGUCAGUAUGCAUCAUAAUAUAUUAGACAUUUUCAUCAUAGCUGUGCACAAUAAUGUAUUUAGGCGAUACCACACAAACAAGACAUUCUGAACAGCAGCUUGAUUCAGAGUGUGUUUUAUACAUCUACUUUAUACAGUGGUUCAACAAACAAGAAGUUAAUAGAGAGUAACUUACAUUACAGACACAGUAAUAUUUCCAGUUACUUUGUGUAAUUUUCCUCCGUCAGUGAAAAAGUUCCAAACUAAUCAAAAGCGAAGUCAACGAAGUAGACAGUGCUGGUCUUUCAU